AGUCGCAGAUUGCGGAUCCAGGAGCCGUGGAGCCGCGAUCGCCCGCUCGUCACCUCAGCCAUGAGCUUCCCGUCAAACUUGGCCACGCGCCGGUGACGUCGCGGGAGCGUCGUGACGUCAAUUUCCACUUCCCCGCUCCGCUCUUACGUGACGUCACUUAGCAGCGCGACCCCCCCCCCUACACCUCGCCCGCCCGUCCUCCCACUCCAAUUGGUCGAGGCCGCCUCGCGCCAUGACGCGCGCGCUCCGUCACGUGAUCGCGGUGGCCAACGGGGUCGUCGCGGGGCGGGGCCUGUGUCGCGCGCUCCUCGCUUCAUCCGCGCAGAGGAGGCUGAGCAGCUUCUUUGGCGGCACGAUGCCGGCGGGAGACACGGCGGGGCUGGACGGGCGCCAGGUGGAACUGCUGGCCGAGAUGUGCAUCCUGGUGGAUCGGGACGACGUUCCCGUGGGUGCCGACACCAAGAAGAACUGCCACCUCAACGAGAACAUCCGCAAAGGCAUGCUGCACCGAGCCUUCAGCGUCUUCCUGUUCAACAGCAAGAAUGAGCUGCUGCUGCAGCAGCGCUCAGACGCCAAGAUCACCUUCCCAGGCUGCUUCACAAAUACGUGCUGCAGCCACCCGCUGCACGUCGACUCGGAGAUGAGGGAGGAGGCGGCGCUGGGAGUGCGGAAUGCGGCUCAGCGCCGGCUGCACCAGGAGCUCGGCAUCCCCAUGGAGCAGGUGACCCCGGAGGAGCUCACGUACCUGACGCGCAUCCACUACGAGGCUGCGUCCGACGGGGUGUGGGGCGAGCACGAGGUGGACUACAUUCUCUUUGCGCGCAAGGACGUGGAGGUGACGCCCGACCCCAACGAGGUGCAGAGCGUGCGCUACGUGACGCCGGACGGCCUGCGCGAGCUGCUGGCACGCGCGCGCGACGGCUCCGCCCUUGUCACGCCCUGGUUCCGUCUCAUCGCCGAGUCCUUCCUCUUCCGCUGGUGGGACAACCUGCACGACCUGGAGUCCUUUAAGGACCACGCCACCAUCCACCGCAUGUGAUGCGGAAGGCGUGGGGGCGAGGAGAGCCCCGGGGCAAACGGAAAGGCCCGCCCGAUAGGCCCGUGUCUGGCGAUUACGAAGCAGUGGCGAUUGUGCGAAAGGGUCUGAGAGGGGGGGCAUGGGUCCACCCCCUCACCAACCCUCACCAAUGAGCAGCAGUGCCCCCCCCCCCCCCCCCAAAGUGCCUCUUUAUUCAGAGGUAGAUUCUGAAGAGCAACCGGGUAAGCACGUGCGCUAAGAAGUGAUCCCGGUCGAUGCUGCUGCUGAUGUCACCACACCUCAUUGUUGUUUCCUCUACUCUGCCACAGAGUGACAAAUUAGACACGAGACAUCAGAGUCUCCUUGUAGUACCAUCAACACUUUCUGGAUUUAGGUUUUCCACUCGUCACGUGGUUGGCACGUCCUUCAUUGACAGCUGUACAUUUCCAUCGUCAUUAUCUUCAUGUUGAAAGGCCGCUUUUACUCCCAUCACCAACAGCACCUGGUUUUUGGUCAUCUCUUCCCCUUGCUUGCCGACUUCCUGGAAGCCACCCAAAUGCCCAUCUCGGUCACCUGCACUUCUCCGUCCUGCACAUGCACCUCACCAUCAUGACGUCCUCUUCCUGAUCACUUCGUGUUCUAUUCCCAACCUCAAAGUUACGUACCCUCUCCUCCAUCCUGCGUGUACGUGUCUCACCUCUUUCCCGAGUACACCCACAACCUUUUUUUAUAUCGCGUUCUGUUCGAACUUUCAAGUCGCUUAAUCUGUCCUAUGAUGAAUUUGCUGGCAUCCUCCACAUUGUUUAUGUAGACACCAUCAUCAUCAUCAUCAUCGCGGCACUAUCCACUGCUAAAUGAAGGCCUCCCCAUACCAUUGCCAUGUCACGGCCUCGCGAUGGUAUAAUGAAAUCCAGCAUCUCCGCUUAUGCGAAUGCAAUCUCCUGUGGACGUCUUCUCGAACGCGUUUCCCUUCUUAAGCUGCCUCUCUUUCCGUCGUCUAAGCCCAUCAUGCCUUCUGCCAAAGCCCACUGCUUACUGGUCUACAUGAUGUCUUUUGUCUUGGGUGUGUCCUCUAAUCCACGUGUUCCUCUUCCUACUCUGUAACUUCGAGCGUGCGCAGCUCUUCCGUGCUCCUUUGCGCCCUCUUCAUAGUUGUAAUAUGCACAAUGCAUCUUAUUGGCCACAAACACAAAUGCUUAUUUGGUCCAAUGAAGUUUUACAUUGAGGAUUGGGUGUAUAGGCGAGUGCCUCCCCUGUCCACCACUGUUUUCUGAAUCAACAGCUGCUGUGGAAUGAGUCGGCAGUUUUACCCCAAGCCCCGAAGCUGGUCUUGUCGUUGUCGGUUUACGUAGAUUUAACUUUGUGUGCGGAUGUUUUAAUCGCGGAUGAAACUGAUUUGUCUCGGCCGAUUUCUUGAAACUACUAAACUCGCUGCUCGAGUAAUUUGAAGAAAAGUUACCCGUAAAUUACUCAUUCUACGGAGCAUUCAUCGCCCUGCCACUGCGAAAGCUUGGCAGGACCCUCCUGAGAGAGUCUGAGACUCGGUAAGACUUUGAGCGUAAUCCUAAUAACAUUAACCGAGACGUUUAGACUGAACACGAGGCUUGCGCCUUGGCAUUUGUGUACGAACGCCUACGGUUUCUGUUGAGGCGACGCGUAAACUGCAGUGGAGAAGUCUGCGGAACACUCCGCACAAUGUCGAUUAAAGGGUCUCCAAGCUCGUGGGAGCUUGGAGACGAUGCUCUUGACCGUUCAUGGUCAAGAAAUUCAACAUUCUUAUGGCAAUGGCCAGUCCAUCUCACGAGAGGAUGAUCAUCAGAUUCUUCGAGGUGCCUCACCUCUGCGCAUGAUUGUGCCUCUUGUCAAGUUGCAGGUGGUUUUUUUUGUUUCGCGGUUGCUGAGCAUGGCCGGCAACCAGCGGCGCUCGUGAAGGCGUCAUGGAUUCGAGUUUGCGUUUCUCAGAUUGCUCCGGGAGCUUGCUUUGUUUGUCUUUGGAAGCUUGGGAAAGAGGAGACGACGGGAGAGUUUUAAACUGGAGUGGAGCUUGGAAAGCAGCGGAACCCGAGUGGAGUUGGGUGGCUGAACAUGGUGUGGAAGAGGCAAAGCGGUCGGUCCAAGUAGAUCUUCUCUCCCCCCCCCCCCCCCCCCGCUGUUAGGCAUGGGGGUGGUAGGGAUCGAUAGCCGUUCAUGGGAAGUCACCAUGGUGGUAGCUGCAGAAGAGGUAUGCACCGAGUGUGAAACGUGUAAGAGGCUCGUGUACUUUAUCCGUAAGACGUUGCAGUCUUGUCAGAGUUGGGUGUCAACAGCUUGGCUGCAAUCACCUACAACAGCGGUGGCAGUAAUGGCAGUAAUGGCCUGCACUGCCCGGAGCCGAUUUCCAAGUGGCUGAAAAUGAGGUUUCAACAUACGGCGGCUUGUGUGGCUGUUGCAGGCAGCCGUGAGAGGUGAUACGGAGCGAUGAGCCUCUUGCCCCCCGGCUGUUCCCUAUUGGGGAAUUGUGUAGGGGAAACGUGUGGAAUAGGGCUUGCCUCCUCUCCAAUGCAUAAUGCUUAAAAUAGAAUGUAAAGAAUAAAUCUUUCAACACGGUCCUGCUUCCGAGCCUCCACGAACGGGAUUGAACAUGCGAGGGUUCAUGUUAAGUGUGGUUUAGACACGAACUAACAAACCUGUCAUGUCCCUGGUGCUGGUGAGAUGUGAAUGCCUCACCUGGUGUACAGGUCGCUGGGUUUGAGCCAGACUCAAAGACAUUGAGUGCUCAUUUUACAACUUGACAUUGGAACAGACAAACUGCAGCUCGACACCGCUAAGUUUUAUAAUUUGAGAAGUUGCAACAAGCCCUUAUUGGCGUUACCCAACAGCGGUCAUCAGCCUGCCGCCCACCACCAUCAAGACCACUCGCUGGUCUCCGCUCCCAAAAACAACUAACGUUGCCAAGGCCACACUACACAGAUCACGUUUACGCCUCAAGUCAGUGUGAAGCAAUGCCUUUCAUGUUGUGUUCUGUUUGGCGUGUCACGUUAUGUAUUAAUGUAUCGGUCGCUGACAUUGCCCGCACACAAUGUAUCCUGCACAGGAUCCAUGCCACCCCCCUCCAUCACCGCAAACCCACGGGGUUGAAAAUGCCCCCCCCAUCAGAUAAAGGUGUGAAGGUAGCGUAAGGAAACGCAGUAAGGAGCACACGUAUAUACAUGUUUUUUUAAUUGUCAGCGGAGCGAUACAAUCACGCACCACUCCGAGGCACGGUCACACAAACACAUUUGUCAUAUUUCAUUGGGUUUGUAUUUUGCGUCAUCUGCUUCAGUUUCGUCCUCUUGUUGCCCACCGCAUCCAGCAGCACUUCUGACCAUCGCUGUUAUACACAGGGCAAAGGGGCAGGAAACUGAUCCUGAAUACAAUCACGUACUUGUUUAUAACUUUGAUAAUGUUAUUGUUAUUUUGCGUUAAUGUUUUUGUACGUUUUCCGUCAUUACCAACUGCCCUAUUCAAGACCUGAAAGAGAGACAGGCAGCACUAAUACAGCCUUCCAAUUAUUUACACGCACACACUCGAAGAGGGAGGGAGGGG